UGUGUUACCGCCCUUGGGCUGAGUGAGAAAUCAAGCACUGGAGACAUCGCUUUCAUUGGGAAGAUUGGCGAUAUUUGGAGAUUUUUUUGUUUGGUCCCAUUAGCCUCAGGUAGCCUCGCCCUGGUCCGGAGCCGUGAGCUCGAGAGGAAACAUUGUGGCUGUGGUCUGCUGUUCAGUGUUGCAAAGCAAGAUUUAGCCCGCACCAUGGCGUUGUCAUUCAAGAAGGACCUGGAAAAGUACAAGGAUCUCGACGAAGAUGAGAUCCUCAACAACCUGUCGGCGGAGGAGCUCAAACAGCUGGAGACAGCCCUCGAGGAGAUGGACCCUGAGAAUGCUCUUCUCCCAGCGGGCAUGCGUCAGAAGGACCAGACGACCAAGCAAGAGACAGGAACUUUCAGCAGGGAUGGCCUUCUCAAAUACCUGGAGAAGGAAGCCAUGGAGUACAAGGACCGAGACGAUGUAGUGUCCUUCACUGGGGAGAGGAAAGGUAAAGUAUUCAUUCCUAAGCAGAGACCAAUAGAAACACGCCAAGAGGAAAUCACAACCCUCGAUCCAGAAUUAGAGGAAGCCCUGUCCAGCGCCACAGACACGGAACUGUGUGAUCUAGCAGCGAUACUGGGUGUUCACACGCUGGUCACCAGUAGUCAGACGUAUGAUGGGACCUCAUCUAAAGAGGGUUACAACAAUGUGAUCAAAGGGGAGAAGAUGACCCCAGUAUUUGAUGAGCCUCCCAAUCCCACUAAUGUUGACGAAACUCUGCAGAGGAUAAAAAGCAAUGACAGCUCCUUGACAGAGGUCAACCUCAACAACAUUAAGGUAAGCAGAAACACAUGCUAUCAGAGUGUCUAUAUCAGGGUACGCAAGAAGCGAGUGGAAGCAGACGUGUAG